AGGAGCGCAGCGGACCAACCUCGCUGGCCUGCGCGGCUGAGGAAGGGAAGGGGAGGACACUGUCGCGAGUUGCAGAGUCGGGAGAGGUCGCGCUUCCCGGCGGACUUGCCCUCCGACAGCUGGGGGCCAGGGGGCGCCCGAAGUUGGUUUGAGGGCUUUCCCUCUCGCGUCGGCGAACUUUUCAAGGGAGAAACUGGAUUUGUGAGUUCAUCCUGCAGUGACUGAUGGCUUGUAUGUUUUAAGCCAGGAGGCAACCAUGCCGUAGAAUGAGAAUAAAAAAAUGGAACCUUUACACAAGAACUCCAAGGUUUAGGAUCCACUUGUCUUUGGUUCAAGGACAGAAGGCCCAGACAGCUGCUACAGCACCAGAUCGUUGCUUGAGAAUCCCAGAAACUUCUCACCGGGUUGCAAGGAAAUUGAGAGUGCUGAUUGUCCUGUACUUCUAGCCCAGGGGAGAGUGAGGACUGCAGCCAAAGCCUUAUCAGAAAAUACAUACUUCACAGACCACCUCAUAUCUGAACUAAAUACAGGUUUACUACUUGUGCUUGUCUCAUCUUACCUACCUCACUUCCUUUCUGGAUGGAAAUGAAAAUUGGGAACCAACAGAAUAAAAUCUGAUAUUUGGAAAUGCUCCAGCUGUAGUGAUGAGUUUAGCAAUUUCGUACCAUGGGAAUCUCACCUGUGCCUCAGUAAACACAGACUAUCAGCCAACAGCUAGAGAUUGCCUAAGAAGCUGGGACUUGGAAGACUAAAAAAGCAAAGCAAAAGAAACAUAGAGGUACAAACCUAGGCAAAGAUUAUUUGCCUAGAACUUUGGUGCCAUCUUUUUUGGCCUCAAGCUUGUGUAGCUUCUGCAGUUUAGCUAGUGUAUACAGUACUGUUCUUCACUUGUGCCUAAAUGGGACAACAACCCAGCAGCCAGACUGAAGACGAAGGGGUGAGAAGCAAAGUCCAUGGCAACUUAUCCUUGCCAGUUAUGUGGGAAGAUACUCCUUACCCUGGAAAAAUUCACUAUCCACACUUACUCCCACACAGGGGAACGUCCUUACAAGUGCUUGCAGCAAGGCUGUGCAAAAGGGUUCAUUUCCAAAUAUAAGCUCAUCAGGCACAUGGCCACCCAUUCACCACAGAAAUCCCACCAGUGUGUUCACUGUGAGAAGACAUUCCACCGGAAAGACCACCUGAAGAAUCAUCUCCAGACUCAUGAUCCCAACAAAAUGGCCUUUGGCUGUGAUGAGUGUGGGAAGAAGUAUAACACCAAGCUUGGCUACAAGCGGCACUUGGCCCUACACGCAGCCAGCAGCGGAGACCUCACAUGCCGGGUUUGUGCCCUAGAGCUGGGGAGCACCGAGGUAUUACUGGAUCAUCUCAAAGCCCACACUGGGGGUAAACCCCCUAAUGGAGCCAAGGAGAAGAAGCAUCAGUGCGACCAUUGUGAGAGAUGCUUCUACACUAGGAAGGAUGUUCGGCGCCACCUGGUGGUCCACACAGGCUGCAAAGACUUCUUGUGUCAGUUCUGUGCCCAGCGAUUUGGGCGAAAAGACCAUCUUACUCGACAUACCAAGAAAACACAUUCACAGGAGCUGAUGAAAGACCAGCUGCAAAACGGAGACCUGCUGGGCUCGCUGAAUCCACACUCUCCUCCAUUUCAGCUCAAAGAAGGAGCUGCUGCAUCAUCACCUUUUCCUUUAGGUGUCUGCGUACAGAAUGGGUUUGGGAGUAGUUUGCAGGCAGACAUACAAGACAGUGCACCCAGUCCCUAUGAACAAAGCCUGCAGCACUCACAACCACUUCCAGAUUCUCUAGCAGCCAUCCAGCCUUCAGGAUCUCCAGGCUCACCUUCUUGUAAUCUUCAGCACCCUGAAUAUGACCCAAGCUCUACCUCAUACUCACCACUCGCCCACCCCAAAAAUCUGCCCCUCAAAACAGGUUCAAAGGGAUUCUGCAAUAUGAACCUCCUUGAGGAACUAUCUUUGCAAGAGCCUCACUCAGCACCAAGAAUUAGCCCAGACCUUGAUCUGGCUAAGGGGGUUGUGGACAGAUUAAAUGUUAACAAGGAGGUAGCGAUGCCUGCUGAUGCUAUGAACAGGGCGUCGUCAUCACCUGCCUCUUUUGAUAUCUCCCACGUCCUGGGGUUUUGGCAGCUGCCUCCCUCUCUCACCCAAAAUGUCCAUGGGAACAGCGCCAUGACGCUGGGACACAGGGAAUCACUACCCCAUAGACUAAGCUGUCUUGGGCAACAGCAACAAGAACCACAGCUGGCCAUGGGCAGCGUGACUCUCAAUCAGCUACAUCUUCCCCACAUUCCUCAUGCUUUCCCUGCGAGCCCCAGCUCUACUAUCCUGCCUCAUUUUCACCAUGCAUUCAGAUGACUUCUGUUUUAAAAGAGUACUUUUUCUGUCCUAGAAAGAAAUUUUAAGCAGUCUUGAAGCCAUGUGUUUUAAAAGGCCAGCUAUAAUAUAGCAAGAUUAGGAAAACAGGAUUGUCUGCGAGGGUAACUGGCUUCUCCUAAAAUUCUGAAAAAGACACAGAAUCAACCAACCGCAUGCAUCGUGCCAAUCUGCCAUGAGUGUUCAUGCUUCGUACCAAAUUUUAUAUUGAGUGAGUAUCCUAUAGUGGAACUGCAAAUACUGCCGUGACAGGCGUACAAAACGAGGGCUGCUAUAUAGGUGUGGGCCAAGGGGAAAUUAACUUCAAGCCAUGCAUCAUAGUAAAAAUGACAUAUGAACAAUGACCACUUUUAUAUGACCUCUAGGUGGACCACUACGUGAACAAGGGCCCUACCUAGUAAAUGAACUUUGGGAAACUUCUGAUUUCUUCAAGUUGAGAAGAUGUAAUGUUUCUUUUUCUUUCUUUUAAUAAAAAUAAAACACUUUUAUGGGGAUUAAAUUUAACUAGGCUGUGGACUUCAGUCUACUGCAGCAGUUCAGGGAUUUUUCUGUCUUCAGGGUUGGAAAUAGUUUAGUUACUACUGCCAUAGCAAAAUGAAAGUCUUACAAAAAAAAAACAACAGCUUCUUAUAGAAUGUUUUGUUUAAAAAAAAUUGUUUAGUUUCCAUCUUCAGCAAAAUGGCAAGGAAGUUUUGUUGACUCCCCUAGGUUCCCUUAAGACCUAAAUGAUUAUUUAGACAAAUUCGGUAGGAAAAGUCCCUGUGGAUUGAUUCUUGGUUAGAACUUCUGAUGUGUGCACAUAAUGCACGGAUCAGUCAAGAAAGACAUUUGCUGAUUUCAAGAAUUAUUAUUUCAGUAGGAAUAUGAGAUUACUUUGUCUCAAAGAAAACCCCUUGUUCGAGAUCUUUAUUUGAUAAGUUGGGCUUUAAAUAUUACUGUACUUAGGAUCCUAAAUGCUGUUUUUCAACACAUAAUAAAUGCAAUAUUUUUCAAUUCUUAAAAAAUA